GUCGUCGACUUUGGCGAAGCUCCAUUCCAUUGCGCAUCGAAGACUCGCCAUCGCCAUCAACGCACCACCCCCGGCCAUGUCGAACAUCGCCCCCACCGCCGCCCGCCAGGCCCUCCGCCAAUGCGCGCGCCGGGCUUCGACGUCGACGCAGGCGUCCUUCGUGCCCCGCGCAUGCAUCGCUGCGAGGUCGCGCAGAAACUAUGUCUCCGAGUCCAAACCGCAUAACGCCACCGUCAAUAUCGAGAACACCAUUCGACAGGACCAGCGUGCCUUUCUCGCCGAAACGGGCAUCAAGCCCAAGGAUGCUACCAUGCCCGAUACCAAUAUCUCCGCCGACGCCGCCAUGAGCCCAGUUGCUGGAAUAAUGAAAACCGCCUCUGUCAUGGACACUGGAACGCGGCCCAUAUACCUUGAUGCACAGGCGACAACACCCACCGAUCCGCGAGUGCUCGAUGCCAUGCUUCCUUUCUACACAGGCCUGUAUGGCAACCCCCACUCACGAACCCAUGCCUACGGUUGGGAAACGGACAAGGCAGUUGAAGAUGCUCGCCAGCACAUUGCCGACCUGAUUGGAGCCGAUGCGAAGGAGAUUAUUUUCACCAGUGGUGCCACCGAAAGUAACAACAUGAGCGUCAAGGGCGUGGCACGCUUCUUCAAGAAGGGUGGCAAGAAGAAUCACAUCAUUACUGCACGAACAGAGCACAAAUGUGUCUUGGACAGCUGUCGGCAUUUGCAAGACGAAGGCUUUGAAGUGACAUACUUGCCAGUGCAGUCGAACGGCUUGAUCAGUAUGGAAGAGCUUGAAAAGGCCAUGCGGCCUGAGACAUGUCUGGUAUCGAUUAUGACCGUCAACAACGAAAUCGGCGUGGUGCAGCCUGUGGAGGAAAUUGGCAAGCUGUGCAGGAGUAAGAAGAUUUACUUCCACACCGAUGCAGCGCAAGCUGUGGGCAAGAUCCCCAUUGAUGUCAACAAAAUGAACGUUGAUCUCAUGUCCAUAUCUGGACACAAGAUCUACGGACCGAAGGGAAUUGGAGCUUGCUACGUGCGAAGACGGCCGCGAGUGAGACUUGACCCCAUUAUUUCAGGUGGAGGACAGGAAAGAGGUCUACGCUCUGGAACGUUGGCGCCGCCUCUCAUCAUCGGGAUGGGCGAAGCAGCAAGAAUAUGCAAGGAAGAAAUGGAGUAUGACCACAAGCGGAUCAGCGAGCUCUCCCACCGACUCUCGUCAGGGCUCUUGGCUAUGGAGCACACUUCUUUCAAUGGUGACCCCUCACGCCGAUACCCUGGCUGCGUCAACAUCUCUUUUGCGUAUGUGGAAGGCGAGUCAUUGCUCAUGGCCCUGAAGGAUAUCGCACUCAGCUCUGGAUCCGCAUGCACAUCAGCCUCGCUUGAGCCAUCGUAUGUGCUCAGAGCACUCGGAAACUCUGAUGAGUCGGCUCACAGCUCGAUUCGUUUCGGUAUUGGACGUUUCACUACCGACGCUGAGAUCGAUUACGUGCUCAACGCCGUCAAGGAACGAGUGACAUUCUUGCGCGAGCUGAGCCCGCUAUGGGAGUUGGUGCAAGAAGGCGUGGAUCUCAACACCAUUGAAUGGUCGCAGCAUUAAGCGUCUUGAGAAGAAUGAAGGAAGAUCUACUUGUACGUGGAUGGAAGCAUCGUUUGCAGAGCGGGCGCAACGGGACGAAACCAUUAUGAAAGCAGAAUACCUGGAGAACGAUGGUAAGGGCAUUACUGUGUUAGGAAAUGUAUAUUUUGUAUUAUUCUGCCCCCAACUCUGGCAAAAGCAC